AACCCAUCUAUAAAUUACCCAAGGUCAUAUUCUGCCUCAUUUAACAUCCAGUCCCGCCUAAGCACCAUGUUUGUCAAAGCGUGACGCCCUUCCCCCGUCUCGACGGGCUCGCGGAAGUUGGUCCGUCUCCCACGCUAGUUCCAAUCAUAAAUCACCGUCCCACCGUCCGUGACCGCACUCAGCUGUUGGUCUGAGGUCUGAGGGAUUGAUUCUGGGCAGGGGACACGUCCCCAUGGACUCAGAAAGCCGGUAGGACGGCGGAUUGUAAACGGUGGACGCCGGACGGUGAGCGGUAGAAGGAAGACACCAGGCGGUGGAAGGUUUAAGGUGGGCUGUCUACCGAUGUUGGACGGCAGACGUUGAGCGGUGGACUACCUGAAGAGUGAGGAUGGUAAACGUUGGGAGGCGGACGGCAGAUGUUAGACGGUGGACCGAUGGACAAUGGACAGUGGAGGAUAGACGGUAGACGGUGGACGGCGGACAACAAUGAACAAACGGUGGUCGAUGGACUGCGGAAAUCCGACGUGGGCGUCCGAUUUCAAUUCCGGCGCGCUGGGCGGCGGUCGGCAGAGGAGUGACGGCCGGCAGACGGCGGCCCCUUCCCGCCUCCGGCAGUGUCAGUGCAGCACUCCGAGCCCGCCACACCACUCACACUUUCGCCACGGCGCCCUUGAGUGGACGAUCGGCGCGCGGCGCGCAGGCUGACCCAUUUGUAGUGGCCACUCGGCGGUGCGCUCGGCCGCACCGGCUCCGAGCCUGCUCUCCGCCUCUGUCUCUGACAGAGGAAGGGAGGCUCCUGUCGGCGCGCCCGCUCUGCCCCCCGCGCCGUCUCUCAGUCGGCCGCCGACUGCCGCCACUCAACCGCCUCUCCUGCCGGGGCGCGGCCUCUCCACCAUCGCGCCGCCGUCGUCGUUGGCGACACCCGUCGUCGUCGACACACUUCCGUCGGCGCCGACGAUCCGUGUCGGCUCCGACGCGACGAUGGGCCGCCUCGUGGAGGUGCGGAGGCGGCCCGGUGGUGCGACGGCAGCUCUACACGUGCUGACGGUACAGCGGUGUGCCGCUGCUUUCGUUGUGGUUCUCUCCUACGGUGCGCUGUUAUGGGUGAUGUAUUCCGUGUGGUUGCGAGACGUGAACCCAGAGGAGGAUUUACGCCCGGGUCCGGCCACUCUACCUGUGGACUAUGAGAUGUAUCGGACUUCUGAACGCGCGCGGGCCGAGCGCAGGGCAACAUACAGUGCAGGGAAACUGAUUGAGGGAUACAGUGCACAAACUGUGGACAGUGUGGGAUAUGGUGGUGAGGGAAGGGAUGUUGUAAACUACAGAACGAGUGUACGUGGUGAGGACGCUUCCAGGAGCGAGGGUGGCCACCUGAUUGACUCCGAUGACGGGAACGACUUUGAGGACAACCUAGUGGAGUUUGAAAACGACGGAGACGAAGAUGAAGCCUUUGAGGAAGAGGAGGACGAAUUCGAGGACGAAUUUGAGGAGGAGGAGGAGGAAGAAGAGGACGAGGACACGGAGCCUCCCCCAAAUCGACGUCUGCUGGUGUUUAACAGUGUGCCCCACACAGGUAGUGAAGUGAUCACUCUACUGCUGCGCUGGCUGGCCAAACAGAACGAAUUCCAGUUCGCCCAGCUGAGGACGGAGGCCAGCAAGGAGGGACCGCUGGACUCGGCGGAACAGAAGCGGCUGGUGCAGAAGAUGGCCUCCCUGUCUGACACCGGAGCGGACGGAGCCUGCGUCUCCCACUCCGCCUACAUCAUGGACUUUGUGGAGCACGGAGCCUCCCUGCCGCUCCGGUUCAGCAUGAUCCGGGAUCCCAUCGACAGGAUCAUGGCAAGGUUCACCCAUGACCGCGUGCUGGGGGGCUAUUCGCCUCCUCCAUCUGCUGCUCCCAACUGGUCACUAACACUGGAGGAGUGCCUGAGGACGUCGGGUACCGAGUGUACUUAUCUGAACGGCCAUCAGUACCCCGAGCUGACGGUACCCUUCUUCUGCGGCCACCAUGCCGAGUGCAC